AUGAACUCUUUCCUCUGGGAUGACUUUGGGCCCAGGAUACAGAACAGGGCCAUGGAGCAGAUCAUCACACCCAUGGCCAUCCGGCUUUGUCAGCUGCUCAUCUCAGUGGAGAGGAAAGAGGUACAGAGAGAAGCACUUGCCUCCUUGCAGAAGGUGGCAGAGGAAUUGGCCAAUGCAAGCGAGGCAUUUGUGCAUGCUGCCAGCAGGCUAGCGGAAGACUCUGAGGAUGAGUGGUUUAGGGAGGAAAUGAAGCCAGUGGCGGAGUCUCUGACCCUCUCCGGGAGGAACAUCCUGCUGGUAACCCAGAAGCUCCCCGUGCAGCCAGAGUGUGAGCGCCACUGGGAGGAGCUAGUGGCCACAGCUCAGCAGAUCCUGGUGGACACUACCAAGGUCUUGCUGCUUGAAGACGCAGCAAUGGCGAGGAAGACGGUGCCAGCGGCUGGUUGGUGCCUGACCUGCCUGGAGGCUCUGGAGGCGGCGGAGGACUCCACCUCGCUGCGCGCCUCGCUGUCUGACCUGGCGACUGCGCUGCUGCGACUGGGAGGCCUGACCACGCGCUGGGCCCGGGACGAACGCCUGAGUCGAGUUCGCCACCGGCUAGGGUGCUGCAUCCCAGCGCUGCUCGCAGCCGCCCGCGGCCACCUCCGGCACCCGCGCGAGCCGCAGCUGGUGGCUUCACGGCGCCGCAUCUUUGCCCUGACCAGGCAGAGCCUCAGGGAGCUCCUGGCUGUACUGCAGCCCGGCAUUGCAGGGCCUGGUGCACUCUCUCAGAAUGGCGCACUGGCGCAUCGUCUACAGAAGCUGUGGCAGGUCCUGGAGGAGCCCGGGCCGAACCACCUGCGUGGUGAGCUGCUGGAUGCUCCAAUGGUUGCCGUGGUGUGGCACUGCCUGCACCUAGCCGCCUGCUCCACGCCAAGGGAGAGGAUGCACCUAGUGUCCCAUUGCCGCCAGCUGCUACAGCUCUGCCCUGGGCUGCACGGGUCUCCCCAGAACAGCCAAGGGACAGAAUGCGAAGCUGUGCAGGCCGCGACUGAGGCGCUCUUUCGGGGAGUCCGCGCUGGAUUACUGCACCAGAUUCUGGACACGUUCACAGAUACCCAAAGUCCUCUAGAGAGGCUGGUCCAGGCCGCCUUGGCGACUUCCACCAUCAGGUACCAGUGCAAUAGCGAAGCUUUGGCAGAGACUUUCCGACUUCUCCUUGAUGCUUUUCACAACCAAGCCAAGCAAAUGAUCCGAGUGGCACACUUGGUUUGGGUCUGCUGCCCCCAACAGCAAACUGGCAGAGACGUGGAGGCUGCCGUGGCAGGUCUUUGGGGGCUUGUGGUCAAAGCUAUGGAACUGUUUUCACAAAGUCCCCAAACGCAAGGCCUGGACUGGAGCCCUGACAUCCUAGAGGCUCUGCUUGAGGCCUGGGCUAGGGAAUCGGAACACCUCUUGGCAUGCUUUGAUGUCGUUCUCGAUAUUCCUGAAUUCCUGAGUUUGUCCAUCCAGGAAAUGGCUAAACAUUUGGACUUGUACACAAGUGCUCUGAGGAGCGGAGCACCCAGAGAAUUUUCCAGACCUGUGGCGUUCUUACGCGGAAGAGCCACACACAUAGUGCAGGUGAUGAACAGGUAUGUGGGUCAAGACCCAGAUCCCAUUUUUCGAAACGGGAUGAGAGUCGUGGUUCAGCAGCUGGCGCAGUCUUCCUUGACGCUGGCUGCGGCCACUGAAGGCAGCACAGGUAGGGACAGCGCCCAGGACACGGGUGUCUUUUUAACCAUGGCAAAACACCUCAUCUAUUCAGCUCAGCAAGUCCACGAGGGGCUGGAUGGGACCAACCACCCAGACAUCCUCAGCCCGCUUCGAUUCCAAGUCCAAAGGUUUGACCUCGCCAAGGGAUGGCCUUAUUUGACUCUCUCCAGUCGCCAGCUUCCUACAGCUCCCAGGCUGAGAUACCAGCAGGUGCCUGGGUUAGGGGGAAAUGACAUGAACACCUCUUUCCUACCCCUAGAACAACUUUCCUACACGGUGGUCCCUGACACCUGCAAACAGGGGUGGGGCUCACCAUUCCUUGCUGUCAGCAAAGUCAUCACUACUGUGGAGAGCCAGGAGCACCGGGUAGUGACCUCACCACGCACCAACAUGCCAGAGCCCGAGUCCACUGUGAAUACAGCCCCAGAAAUCCAGGCUGGGGAAGCACCCCUGGGACCAGAGAGGAUGUCAAGACUAUACAAAUUCUCAAGAGUGGUGCCUUUGAUUACUGACCUAGCCAGGGAGGAAGUCCAUAGCACAAACACUAGAAGUGACAGACUUCUGGAAGUGGCUCUUCAGCAAUCUGGGAGGACCAGGGAAGCCAGACAGGCUCUCCUAGCCAGGGCUGGUGACUGGUACCCUCUGUGUCGACAACUCUUUUGCCGUAGCCCAACCACUGAAUUACCAGGGAGCACGGAAGUGUUUGUGGAACUUCAGCAGAAUUUGGCCUCAAUGGUUCAAGUAGCAGCCAAAAGUGGUCCUGUGAAUUUGGACGAGAAGAGCCCUGGCCCAAUGGAGCACCCAGGAAUGAUUUUAGAGCUGCAAGGUAGAUUGGAAAAAACAGAGGUCCAUGCUAAACAGCUAUUGGACCAAGUUCUGUCUUCUGUUGGUCGCCAAGCCCCCAAGGCGAGGGAUGAGAACGUUGACAAUGAGUGCCUUCUAUGGGCAGUGGCUGUGCAGGACCUGAUGCAGUGUAUGAGGAGGCUCAGCAGGAGACAGAGCCUGUUCCUACUGCCCCUGCAGGAAGCAGUGAAGAGCCAGCAAGGGUUGCAAGAAGGGUUAGAGCAGGCAGCGCAUGUUUCCCAAAAGUUACAAGAGGCCGCUGAGCUGUCUCGUGCUCUGUGUGGUGAUGAACAGGUAAAGGAUGAGGUUUCCUUCCUGUAUCGAGAAGUUCAUGUACUCACAGAUGCCUUGCUGGAGGUGGCACAUGUCCUGGUCUCCUCCCCCAAGCCAUGUCCCAGCCUCUCCACACGCUUUGAGUUUCUCUGCUUGGAACUCGGCCUUCAAGUCAAGGCCCUGACCAACCAUCUGAGCAGCAUUAACGCUGUCUAUGAGCAUAUGUUCCAAGAUGCUGUUGGCAAGGGCUCCCAGACAAGGAUGCUGUCUAUUAUCCAAGCUGUGCAGGGAAUCAUAGCAGAAAGUCAAGAGUCUGGACCCUUCCAGGAAGACCUGCUUGUGUCUCUAGAGAACAUACUCAUGCUCACUAAGGAGGUGGCCGAGAGGGUCCCUGAGCUCCAAGAACACCCGGAGGAGCAGGGAUUGCAUAUGCUGGAUUGGCUUAAGUGGGAAUGGGCAGCCAAGGUCCACCAUGCAGUGACUCAGCUCCAGGCCUCGGAAGGUGGUCCCACUGAGGCCUGGAGACUCCUAGUCCAAUGCCUGAAACCCGGGGAAGAGCCAGCAAAUGCCCCAGAGGAUGUUCUGGUCCAGCUCCAGCUGCAAUGUAAAGAAUGGGCAGUAGAAACCUCUGCAGGGGGCAGUGUGGAGUUUCAGGAUGCUGUUUCCAAAGGCAUCACAGGAAUCUCAAUGAGGACCUGUGCUGAUGAGCUAGCCACCACGGGAACCACCACAGCAGACGUGAGCAUGCACCAGCGUGGCAACCCCUCUCUGCCUCCUGCUCAGAUGGACCAGACUGUUGAAGAGAAUGGCGGUGCAGACAGCGAGAACAGAAUCACACAGAUCAUACACGAGAUGGCCAAGGAGGUGCUCCUGAUGGCUCAGAGCUUGAGGAAGAGAGGGCGAGUCCUGACCAAAGAUCAGCUCAUUGCCUCAGCCAGAAAAAUCUCAGCUUCCGGAAGAAACAUCGCCAGACUCAUUCACAUCAUUGCUAAGAACUGCAUAGAUCAGAGAUGCUCCGGUGAGCUUCUGUGUAUGGUGGAGCAGAUUCAAACCAUGAGCAGCCAGCUCAGCAUCAUCUCCAGCGUAAAGGCCUCCCUGGCAAGAAGCAAGUCCUCUGAAGAGCUCCUUCUAGACAAUGCACAGCGACUCCUCCAGGCAGUCUCCAAGGCUGUGAGGGCUGCAGAAGCCGCCUGUCUUCGGGGCUUGAGAUGGCCUUCCUCAGAUCCAGAGGAGCUGGAGGUGGCUGCCUUCUGCACACAGUGGAAGAGGAAACUACUACAACACCGACUUCAAGAAGCCUCAGACAAAGACUGUGAUGGGCUGGGCUUACGAAAAACAAGCACGAGGAACCUCCCAGCAUUGGUGGCCCUGGUUCAAGACACAUUAUAA